GGCCGUUCUCGCGAGAUCACGCGAGGCGAUAAGUUGAAGAAACAUGGCGACGUCUAAUUUGUUAAAGAACAAGGGGUCCCUACAGUUUGAGGACAAGUGGGACUUGAUGCGGCCCAUCGUUCUCAAGCUGCUCAGACAAGAGCCAGUCACAAAGCAGCAGUGGUUUGACUUGUUCUCAGAUGUCCAUGCAGUGUGUCUAUGGGACGACAAAGGACCUGCCAAGAUUCACCAGGCCCUUAAAGAAGACAUCCUAGACUUCAUCAAACAAGCCCAGGCUCGGGUGCUGAGUCACCAGGACGACACAGCGCUGCUGAAGGCCUACAUCGCCGAAUGGAGGAAGUUCUUCACACAGUGCGACAUCCUGCCCAAGCCCUUCUGCCAGCUGGAGAUCACCCUGAUGGGCAAGCAGGGCAGCAACAAGAAGACCAACGUGGAGGACAGCAUCGUACGCAAGCUGAUGCUGGACACGUGGAACGAGUCCAUCUUCUCCAACAUCAAGAGCCGCCUGCAGGACAGCGCCAUGAAGCUAGUCCACGCUGAGCGCCUGGGCGAGGCCUUCGACUCCCAGCUGGUCAUCGGAGUACGAGAGUCCUAUGUCAACCUGUGCUCCAACCCAGAGGACAAGCUGCAGAUUUACAGGGAUAACUUUGAGAAGGCCUACCUGGACUCCACAGAGAGAUUCUACAGAACCCAAGCCCCGUCCUACCUGCAGCAGAACGGCGUCCAGAACUACAUGAAAUAUGCAGAUACCAAACUGAGAGAGGAAGAGAAGCGAGCGCUGCGCUACCUGGAGACGCGCCGUGAAUGUAACUCCGUACAAGCACUUAUGGAAUGUUGUGUAAACGCACUGGUGACCUCGUUCAAAGAGACGAUCCUGGCAGAAUGUCCGGGGAUGAUCAAGCGCAACGAGACGGACAAGCUGCACCUGAUGUUUUCCCUCAUGGACAAGGUUCCUAGUGGAAUCGAGCCAAUGCUGAAAGACUUGGAAGAUCACAUCCUAAAUGCUGGGCUGGCAGACAUGGUGGCUGCUGCUGAGACUAUCACUACUGACUCUGAGAAGUAUGUGGAGCAGCUGUUGACUCUCUUCAACCGCUUCAGUAAACUAGUGAAGGAGGCGUUCCAGGACGACCCGCGCUUCCUCACCGCCAGAGACAAGGCGUACAAGACUGUGGUGAAUGAUGCAACGAUAUUUAAACUGGAGCUGCCUCUGAAACAGAAAGGUGUGGGCCUAAAAAGCCAGCCAGAGUCCAAGUGUCCAGAGCUGCUGGCCAACUACUGUGACAUGCUAUUGAGGAAGACCCCUUUGAGCAAGAAGCUCAGCUCUGAGGAGAUAGAGCUCAAACUCAAGGAAGUGCUGCUGGUAUUGAAGUAUGUGCAGAACAAGGAUGUGUUCAUGCGCUACCACAAGGCCCACCUGACCAGACGUCUUAUCCUAGACAUCUCAGCCGACAGCGAGAUAGAGGAGAACAUGGUGGAGUGGCUCAGGGAAGUGGGCAUGCCAGCGGACUACGUGAACAAACUGGCUAGGAUGUUCCAGGACAUCAAGGUGUCCGAAGACCUCAACCAGGUCUUCAAAGAGAUGCACAAACACAACCGGCUGGCCCUGCCAGCCGACAGCGUGAACAUCAAGAUCCUGAACGCGGGGGCGUGGUCCCGGAGCAGCGAGAAGGUGUUUGUGUCGCUGCCCACCGAGCUGGAGGACCUGAUCCCGGAGGUGGAGGACUUCUACAAGAAGAACCACAGCGGCAGGAAGCUCCACUGGCACCACCUCAUGUCCAACGGCAUCAUCACCUUUAAGAACGAGGUGGGCCAGUACGACCUGGAGGUGACCACCUUCCAGCUCGCCGUGUUGUUCGCCUGGAACCAGCGGCCCAGGGAGCGAAUCAGCUUCGAGAACCUCAAGCUCGCCUCCGAGCUGCCCGAUGCCGAGCUCCGACGCACCCUCUGGUCGCUGGUGGCGUUCCCCAAGCUGAAGAGACAGGUGCUGUCCUACGCGCCGUCCGUCAACUCGCCCAAAGACUUCACCGACAGCACUCUGUUCUACGUCAACCAGGACUUCUCCCUCAUCAAAAACUCUAAAGUCCAGAAGAGGGGGAAGAUCAAUCUGAUUGGCCGGCUGCAGUUGACCACGGAGCGAAUGAGAGAGGAGGAGAACGAGGGCAUAGUUCAACUCAGAAUACUCCGAACACAGGAGGCCAUCAUCCAGAUCAUGAAGAUGAGGAAGAGGCUGAGCAACGCCCAGCUGCAGACGGAGCUGGUGGAGAUCCUGAAGAACAUGUUCCUGCCCCAGAAGAAGAUGAUCAAGGAGCAGAUCGAGUGGCUCAUCGAGCACAAGUACAUCAAGCGGGACGAGACGGACAUCAACACCUUCAUGUACAUGGCCUAGACACGCCCCGAGGGAGGGAGAGAGAGAGAGAGAGAAAGGGAGAGAGGGAGGGAGAGAGAGAGAGAGAGAGAGAUCUGUUCUCUCUCUCCGCUCCACCACCUGACCUUGUGACCCCACGCUUUACAGACAGUCUGGGAAGGAGGAGGAGCCUGGGUGACACAAGCUUUCACUUGAGGAGGAGGAGGAAGAGGAGGUUUUCUGCUGGAUGAAGUGGUGUUGCUGGCUAGAGAGAGAUACUCUGUUCAGGGAAUUUGGGGGGAGAAUAAGAGAAGUGUUUAUUUUUGUGUGCGUGCCUGAGAGGGAGAAAGAAGAGAGAGAGAGAGAGAGAGAGAGAGAGGGGCUGAAUGCAUUGGAGCUGCCAGAAGGGCAGUUUGACCGCAGCGCCCUCUGGUGUCCAUAGCGACCGUCUGCCAGCAGUACAGAAGAAGCAAUUAGUGACACAAUGAAACUGAAGACUUCCUGCCUUACUUUUGCUUGGGGAGGGUUUUUGAUUUGGGCGUCGGUGAGGGGAAGGUGAACUAGCUGAUAUCGAUCCGUUUUCUUUUCACUUGAUGUCACCUUUGCCAGCUGUGGCUGUUUGGCAGCUGCCAUUUUGCUUCCCUCCUCUCUUUUUCUUAUUGAUUGGGAGCGCAAAUGGACUCGAGUGGAGCUGCCAACGAAACAGGAAGAGACAGUACAAUAGUAUACAAUACUUGGAGUAUUUUGCCAAAUGUGUGUGUGUGUGUGUGUGUGUGUGUGUGUGUGUGUGUGUGUGUGUGUGUGUGUGUGUGUGUGUGUGUGUGUGUGUGUGUGUGUGUGUGUGUGUGUGUGUGUGUGUGUGCAAGAGUCUGCACAGGGAGAGUUGUUGGCCUUUUAAACGUGUGUGUGUGUGUGUUCAACAGCAUGCUGCUCUGUGAUAUGUUUGCAUUUAUGGAGGGUCUGUUAGCAGUCACAUCCAAAACACUUUUCUUCCUUUAUCAGUAUCCAUGCUCAGCCUGAUUUUGACAGGGAGCUAAACAUAAGAGUCUCGUGUUCAAAUGCUGGUGAAAUGGGCUAUCACUAACUUGCAGUUAUUGAGAUGGCCAGGAGGGGGCGAUGUGUCCGUUGGUUAAUGAACGUAGUGAGUUGAAAGAGCAGUCCCACAAUAUGAUCAACAUGUUAACUCAUACUUCUCAAUAAACCAUAUUUUUUUGUUUCACAAACACUAGUAAAAAAACGUUUAACCAAGUCCCAGUAUAGGCGAAAUGCACAGUCAUAUUUUUAAAGCAUCAAUCAUUGACUUGUGUUUACUUUUUUUGUGUGUUUCGACAAUUAUGGUGAUUAAUGGGCUCUGAAGAUUAUACUAUGGUGUGUGUGUGUGUGUGUGUGUGUGUGUGUGUGUGUGUGUGUGUGUGUGUGUGUGUGUGUGUGUGUGUGUGUGUGUGUGUGUGUGUGUGUGUGUGUUUGCCCGCGCUCCCGCCCUCAAAACCCUCCAAUUAAUGAACUUUCACACUGAAAAAAAAGGGGUCUCAUUGUAAACAAAUCUAUGUGUAUGUACUCAAAAAAUCAUAUCAUCAGAAAAUACUUUGAGGUAAUGGAUGCUUUGUGUUGUGUUUGCUGGGGGGGUUAACAAAAUGAGAAGAUGUGUUGAAAAUGGCACGACUCCUUGUUCCAACCACAGUAUCUGUAGGCAGAACUAUAAAGCCAUUUAGUGCCAGGUCUUUAACAAAGCACUUGACGGUGAUGUGGGGAAGGCUGAGGGACGAUGCUGUGACUCCCUGCUCGGUAGCUGUUGGUGGGUUAAGUUUGGAAUCCUUCUGGAGUGUGUGUUCACAAUACGUGUGUGAAAUAUGUCAUGACCGAGUGGGGGGGAGAAGGUGUGAUUUAGGAUUUCAAGAAUCACUCAUUAUGUUCGGUGCUCCUGCAAAUACAUUUUUGUUUUUUUCUCUUGAGCAAAAGCACAUAUCAUGUACAAAUGGAUUGUCACAAAGAAAGAUUUGGUGCACUUGUUGAAUAGAUACAAAUUCAAAUCCCGCCAACAUGGCCAUAUCCAUAAUGGAUUGGGAUUAGCGUUUUGGGGAUGAGGCACUUACGUUUAUUAUAACCAGUUGAACGGUCCAAUCCUGAGAGAGGACCAGGUUCUCUGUAGAGGCAGACCUCUCCGUCUUCCAUCAGAUGUUUUGUUCAAGGUAGAAGUUUGAGACCUCCAGAGCACAACAGCGGGCGGGGUGAACUAAGAGGAGCACAGCGAACCAGUGGGUUUUCUCCCUGUAUUUAUUUUGUAUUUAUGCAUUCAAACGGUCCUCUUUUGAUCUUUAUGUGUGUAAGUUGGGGUUCUUUGUGCUUGUGAGAAUUGACACUUUCCUUCAAAUGACUUAUGAAUGAUGCUACUGUUUUGGUGAAUUAAAGGAAAUGGCCAUGAUGGGAUUCUAUUUCUGUUCUGUUUUACGUGAACACUGAAUUAUUGUUUUGUAGCUUUCUCAUAGGAAAUGCAUAUCUUCCUUUUCCGUUGCUUUAAGUUACAAGAUUGUAAGAAUGUGCAGUAUUCAGACUUUCCCAUUUCCUUUUUUUUUUCCCAUUUUCCUUUAUCUUUAGGACAAGAACAGAUGACUCAGUUAUAUAUACAUAGUGAAACAUGCCAAAAAGCAGAUUGGUCAAACUCUCAAUGCUGAAUGCUGAAAUUGGUAGAUUGUCUCCUACAUCUUAAUCAGUAAAGAUGGCUCCAUUUCCAUAUGAACAGAAAUAAUCCAGUUGAUUAUUUGUUCUACGAAAGAAGGCAGAAUUCUCUAGCCCAGCAAAAAAGUUUGCUUUUACAGCAAACUUCUCAGUGUACAGUAUGGUCAUAUUUGUGGCUGCAAGUGCUUUCUCUAAAUCUUACGGAUACGUCAAAUAUCCACUGACGCGUUCAACUUCUACCUGGUGCAGGUAGUUCAAGUAGAACGGUUUUAACAAAGACAAACUGAUUUAAACCUGAUAACACAAAUGAUUUACUUGAUAACAUAUUCUUAUUUUAUGUUCUUUGUCUCAAGUACAAGGAAACCCCAUCUACCCCCCUCUGUACAAUAUAGAAUUGUAUUUGCUUUGUUUGUCAGAAAUACAAGCAGCAUUAUUUACGGUUGUGAAUUGCUUCAUGUAUCUUUCUUGUUCCCCAGAGGUCACGGAAUCAAUGCUGGAUGCUCAUCUGAAUGUUGUAUGAACACCUUACCAACUUUCUAGCCUAAAGGUUGGACAUGUAUUCAGAAGAACAUCAACUCGUAAGUAGUACACUGGGGCCUGCUCUGUGUACCUUGUGAUCUGAAUUCCACGCAGUAAUGCUCUACUGACGACUGUUGGUUACUAAGAAACGCGCGGACAUUCGGCAGCCUUGACUGAUAAGGAGACCUGGAGAAAAUAGAUCUAUCAACACAGGCGGUGGGUUGCUUUGAAUGAUUUGAAUGUUCAAUCAUUUAUUUCCUGGAAAAAUAAAAAUGAAUUGUAAAGAGGGUGUCCUAUUAUUUUGUUUACAAACACCUUUUUUGCACUUUUGUUUAUGUUGAC